AUUACACAGGAAAUAUGAACGAGACCCACAGACGUGACGCGUGACUGUCUUUCUUUGAAGUAUUAAAACAGUUUCUCGACACGCAAACUGCUCGCGUUUUACGCGGGCGCGUAUGUAAGUGCUGUUCAGUCAGAUAGCGUGAAGCUUCCAGUAAACAGUGAGCUGAGCAGUGCAGCGCGUGUGUGUGCGUCGAGUCAGUCGAGCAUCAGUGUUUGAGCGGGUUCACGCUAAUUUACCACAUUUCAUACAGUCACAUUUGAUGAUGGUUGUGUUAAAAAGUCUGAGUCCACCCAGCGAGGGAAUCAGACUUCAGCAGGCCGAGACCUCUGCGGUUUUGGACGGCAAGCGACUCGGAUCGGGAACACUGUUCGUGACUGAGACGCGUUUGUCAUGGUUUGAUGGCUCAAGUAUGGGGUUCUCUCUGGAAUAUCCCUCCAUCAGUCUUCAUGCUAUCUCAAGAGACCUCGGAGCAUUCCCAGAAGAGCAUCUGUAUGUGAUGGUCAAUGCAAAACUGGACGCCGAUGACGGUGAAACCGAGAUGAAGGAUAAAGCUCCAGAAGACGCAGGAGAAGAUGAAGAUGAGAGUGACGGUGGCAGUGAAGAUUCAGAAACUAUCACAGAGAUUCGCUUUGUGCCCAGUGAUAAAGCUGCGCUGGAGCCCAUGUUCUCGGCCAUGUGUGAGUGUCAGGCCUUGCAUCCCGACCCGGAGGACGCUGAUACAGAUGAUGAUGAUUAUGAAGGAGAGGAGUAUGAUGUAGAGGAGGCAGAACAAGAGCAGGCACAGGGAGACGUGCCCACGUUUUACACCUAUGAGGAGGGUCUGUCUCACCUGACGGCAGAGGGUCAGGCCACACUGGACCGAUUGGAGGGGAUGUUGGCUCAGUCAGUCGCCCAGCAGUUUCACAUGGCUGGAGUCAGGACGGACCAAGCCUCGGCUGAAUUUGAAGAUGGUAUGGAGGUCGACUCAAAUACAGUUGCCGGACAGUUUGAGGAUGCUGAUGUGGAACACUGAUGGAGUGUAUCUGUAAACUGCUGAUUAUAGCACUUCACUGAGGCAUGCUGGGAUACCGGCUGACUCACCAGGCCCACCACUGAAAGCUCUUAUACUCUCACACUCUCUCUGUCUCUCCUUCCCUGAAUUUACCCCAGCCACAGACAUUACUCGCUGAUGUAUUUUGUAGUUUUCUCUGAAGACCGGAAUAAUUCUCCUUAAUGUUAAUGGGUUUGUUAGACAUUUAAUAAAUACAGUUGUUUUUGUACA